AUGGACGAAAGGUCCAAGCUGCAAUUUUUAUCAAGCUCAUAUGGACGAAAGGUCCGAGCUAUAUUCUUUAUCAAGCUCAUAUGGACGAAACGUCUGAGCUAUAGUUUUUAUCAAGCUUUGAUGGACAAAAGCUCCGAGCUCAACCUUUUCCUAGCUCAUGCUCAGGUUGGCAAAGAGCCAACCUUAGCUCACCAAGCUCAUGGUCAGGUUGGUAAGAAACCCAUCUGGGCAUGCCAAGCUCAUGAUCAGGUUGGCAAAGAACCCAACUUGCCAUGCCAAGCUCAUGGUCAGGUUGGCGAAGAGCCCACCUCGCCAUACCAAGCUCAUAGUCAGGUUGGCGAAGAACCCACCUCGCCAUGCCAAGCUCAUGGCCAAGUCGGAAAAGAGCUGACCUCUACCUCAGCAUGCCAAGCUCAUGGCCAGGUAGGCAAAGAGCCAACCUCUACCUCAGCAUGCCAAGCUCAUGGUCAGGUUGGCGAAGAGCCCACCUCGCCAUACCAAGCUCAUGGUCAAGUUGGCGAAGAACCUACCUAG